AUGCAACCCAUUUAUUUGACAGGACAUUCAAGACCAGUGCGUAAAGUUAUGUUUAACUUCGACGGAGACAUGCUAUUCACUUGCUCUGACGAUGGUAAAGUGUGCAUGUACAACUCCUAUGACUAAUCAAGAGUCGGAGUGUUCAAUGUUAACUAGGCUGUUAAAUCUAUUGACGUUUCUAAAGAUACUAAGUAUCUUCUUGCUUCCUCUACUACUGAGGGAUAUCAAAUUUUCGACUGUAUGACUGGAUAGUUAAUCUCUAAAAUUGCCAUCCCAAGAUCAAGCAUUCAAGUCAAGCAUGUAGAAUUCGCAUUAGGAGAUCAAUAAUUCUUAGUAGUAUAUGAGCAUGCCAAAAGAUCAUAUAUCAGAAUUUAAGACACUGCAAGUGCACUCAAGGGUCAAACUAAUCCAGAUGGAGUGUUUGAAGUUGAAGGUCCUUAAGAUCAUUUGAUUACCUAAGCAUCGUGGGGUCCACUUAAUCAAACUUUAUAUAUCGCAACAAACAAGGGGAAAUUCUACAUUCAUGACUUGAGUUCAAGCAAGACUAUUGUUGAGGAGGAUGUGCACAACAGCGAAAUAUUCUCAUUUAAUGUGACUUAUGAUCAUACUAUGCUAAUUACUUGUUCAAAGGAUGGCACUGCCAAAUUACUCCACCCAAGAAGUCUAGAAGUUGUGAGACUAUUCAAUUUCGUUAAGCCUUGCAGGGCCGCUUGUAUCAGUCCCUUGUUUGAUUCUUAAGAAAACUAAAAAUUCCAUGUCUUACUUGCUGGAGGUCAGGACGCUCGUGAUGUAACCACAUCAAAAGCAUCAGAGGGAGGAUUCGAAAUUAAAUUAAUGAAUAUCAUAUACAAUCAAUCAUUAGCUGAAAUCUUAGGGCAUUUUGGUACAGUUCAUACUUUAGCAAUAUCUCCAGAUGGUAUAAACUUUGUCAGUGGGUCAGAGGAUGGUUACGUGCACUUUCAUAAAUUUUUACCAGAGUACUUUACCAAGAAGUUUGAAUGA